CACCACUCUCCCUUCCUAGAUGGGCUAUCGCGGAACUUCCGCUACUGGCUCCGCCUUUUCCUUCUCUUAGCCCCGGCUCCCCGUUUCCAGCCUGGAGACAGAGACCCAGGUGUUCGUAACUGAGCCAUGUCUGCAUUGCGUGGUGCUGUCCACGCAAAAUGGAUCAUAGGGAAAGUCAUUGGGACCAAGAUGCGUAAAACAGCCAAAGUGAGAGUGACGCGGUUGGUGCUGGAUCCUUACUUGCUAAAGUUCUAUAACAAGCGGAAAACAUACUUUGCUCAUGACCCCCAGCAGCAGUGCAUUGAGGGAGACAUCGUUCUCUUGAAAGCUUUGCCUGAACGGAGGAGCAAGCACGUGAAACACGAACUGGCUGAGAUUGUGUACAAGGUUGGAAAAGUCAUUGAUCCAGUGACAGGGAAGCCUUGUGCAGGCAGUAGGCUACUGGAAAGUGUAACGGACUCAGAAAACCUGACCGAUAGAGAUACCAGUUACCUUAGUGAAAAGCUCCAAGAACUAACUGUUUCUUCUUCAGAUAAAUGAUGGGGGUGGGGACAGGGUAGGCAGCAUAAUCUGAGACUUUCCAUGUGCUUCUGUGGAUGAGCUUGUAUGUAACACAAUGUUUAUGUGUUCUUUCUGAAAUUGUCAUGAUUCAUAAUAAAUUUGAAUUAACCUGCUCACAGGACAACAGAAA